AUGGAUACAGAUGGUGGUGGUUCAGGAACAGCGACAGCAAUGCAACACAGUUCUAUACUAGAGAAUAUAUUACCUGCAGCAACCUACCGACCGAUCGUCAUCUUUUGCAUUGGCCUGUGGGGCUGGGGCCUUAAUCUAUACCUCCUCAACAAACAGCAAGUUGAUCCCGCACAACUAUUACAGAUCCAUCCCGUCGAGAAAAACUCGCCUAUUCAUAAACCCGUGUUUGCCUUGGCUGGCAUUGUCACAACGAUCAUAAUUUGCAAUGUCUGGUGGUAUUGGAUCGCUCCUUGGCACUGGACGCCUAUUCUCUGCUACGUGUUUGCUAUUUUGCUGAUCUUGUGGCCUGGAAAAAAUCUGUGUCGCAAAGAACGUGAACGGUUUCUCAGAGUAUUACGACGGAUCGUAUCGUUCAACCUGUUUUCUCCAGUCUAUUUUGGCGAUGUUAUUCUGGCCGAUAUUCUAACGAGCUUUUCAAACGUGUUUGGUGAUCUAUUUUCAACGUGUUGCUCAGCAACGACCGAGGACAAUCCAUGCUAUCGGGAUGUACUUGUUCCACUAUUGAUUAGUCUGCCUUAUGUGAUUCGCCUGCGACAAUGUUUAUCUGAAUAUAUCGAUUCCGGUGGGGAAUGUAAACGGCAUUUGUGGAACGCGCUCAAAUACGCAUCAGCAUUCCCUGUCAUUCUUAUUUCAGCAUCUCAAAAGAAAGCCGAUCGAUGGGUUGCUGCGACUGGAUCAGUACCAAGUACGUGGUGGGUCAGUGACACCAACCUGUUCCGACUCUGGAUCAUUUUUGUAUUUUUCAACUCCAUGUACUCCUUCUGGUGGGAUAUUUCAGUGGAUUGGAACUUGAUCAACGUUGCAACAUCGUCACGAACGGCCAUGAUGACUAACCACGCGCACCAGCAUCAUUAUCUACACUACACAAUGCCUAUUGUACGGUUCAGACGGCAUCUGCAUUUCAACGACGCAGGCCCGUACUUUGCAGCCAUGGUCAUUGAUCUGAUUCUCCGAACGACGUGGAGUCUCAAGCUCAGUUCGCAUUUGUACGUCAAGCGGUUGGAAGGCAGUAUCUUUAUGAUGGAACUGUUGGAGGUGAUCCGUCGUUGGGUGUGGGUCAUAUUUCGUAUGGAGAGCGAAUGGGUCAAGCGGACACUGGGUACGUUGCCGACGGAUAAUGCCACAGUCCUGGCAAUGGACACUCUAGGCAAUAGUGCCAACAGCAGCAGCCAGUCAAAACUGAUGCCGAUACGCGAAGAAGAGGACGACGAUGACGACGACAACGACAACGGAGAAUCCACUGCGAAGUAA